AUGAGUGAAAACUUGAAAGACUGUUUGAUCCAGACCCAGGCUUCCUUAGGGGAGAUGGUGACGAUAAAAACAGAGGCCUGCUCUCCGCACCGGGACCAGGAGUAUGGACAGCCUUGCUCUGGAAGGCCUGACCCCCAGUCCAUGGAGGUGGAGCCCAAGAAACUGAAAGGGAAACGGGAUUUGAUCAUGACCAAGAGCUUUCAGCAAGUGGAUUUCUGGUUCUGCGAGUCCUGCCAGGAGUACUUCGUGGAUGAGUGCCCAAACCACGGUCCCCCAGUGUUCGUGUCUGACACCCCAGUGCCCGUUGGCAUCCCUGACCGGGCAGCGCUGACCAUUCCGCCUGGAAUGGAGGUGGUGAAAGAGCCCAACGGGGAGAACGACGUGCGCUGCAUGAACGAGGUGAUCCCCAAAGGUCACAUCUUCGGGCCAUACGAGGGGCAGAUCUCUAGCCAGGACAAGUCUGCAGGAUUCUUUUCGUGGCUGAUCGUUGAUAAGAACAACCGCUACAAAUCCAUCGAUGGGACGGAUGAAACCAAAGCAAACUGGAUGAGGUAUGUGAUCAUCUCCCGGGAGGAGAGGGAGCAGAACCUGAUGGCCUUCCAGCACAGCGAGAGGAUAUACUUCCGUGCCUGCCGUGACAUCCACCCUGGGGAGAAGCUGCGGGUCUGGUAUAGCGAGGAUUACAUGAAACGGUUGCAUAGUAUGUCCCAGGAGACCAUCAACAGAAAUUUCACAAGCGGAGACAAAAAGUUGCAGAGGGAAAAGUCAGAAAAGAAUGUGGAAAAUCAAGAGGACAUGAGGGGACCGCUCCAGCUCGCCACCUUAAAGCAAGGAAAGAGCCCCUACAAGCGCAGUUAUGACGAGGGGGAAUCUCACCCCCAAACAAAGAAAAAAAAGAUUGACCUCAUCUUCAAAGAUGUCCUGGAGGCUUCCUUGGAGUCUGCCAAAUUUGAAGAGAACCAGUUAGCAACGAGUACGCCGUUUUCCAUCAGAAAAGCUUCUAAAUACCAGGCUGAAGACAUCUUUGAGAGGUGUGGCGGUGCCAUGCAGCACAGCUCUCUGAAUCUCAGCAGAAACCGGAGCGAGGGGGAAUGGAAAGUCCCCCACAGUUCCUCUUUCAGCUCAGCCAAAGAGAUUGGCAUCCUUGAAGAUGAGGAAGAAGAGCCCCUGUCACUCAAAGCAGACAGCCCGCCCGAGCUAUCACUGGCCUCUGCACAAGGCAACUCCCACGAAAUCCCCACCACCUCCUUCUGCCCCAACUGCAUCCGGCUGAAGAAGAAGAUCCGGGAGCUGCAGGCCGAGUUAGACAUGCUGAGAUCUGGGAAGUUACCCGAGCCACCUGUGCUACCGCCCCAGGUACCCGAGCUCCAAGAGUUCUCAGACCCCACAGCUUCAGAAAGCAUCAUCUCUGUUCCCACCAUGAUGGAGGAUGAUGACCAAGAGGUGGAUUCUGCCGAUGAAUCAGUUUCCAAUGACAUGAUUGCUGCUACAGAUGAGCCUUCCAAGAUGUCUUCUGCGACGGGCCGGAGGAUACGGCGGUUCAAGCAAGAGUGGCUUAAAAAGUUUUGGUUUCUGCGGUACUCCCCAACACUGAAUGAAAUGUGGUGCCAUGUCUGUAGGCAGUACACAGUGCAAUCCUCUCGGACUUCAGCCUUCAUCAUUGGCUCAAAGCAGUUCAAAAUACACACGAUAAAGCUUCACAGCCAGAGCAACCUCCACAAGAAGUGCCUGCAGCUUUACAAGCUUAGGAUGCACCCAGAGAAGACAGAAGAGAUGUGCCGAAAUAUGACCCUGCUCUUCAAUACAGCCUACCACUUGGCCCUGGAGGGCAGGCCCUACUACGACUUUCGGCCUCUGGCAGAACUACUGAGAAAGUGUGAACUCAAGGUGGUGGAUCAGUACAUGAACGAGGGAGACUGCCAAAUCUUAAUCCACCAUAUCGCCCGGGCUCUUCGAGAGGACCUGGUUGAACGCAUCCGACAGUCUCCCUUCCUCAGCAUCAUUCUGGACGGGCAGAGCGACGACUUGCUGGCAGACACGGUUGCGGUUUAUGUGCAGUACACGAGCAGCGAUGGGCCUCCGGCAACCGAAUUCCUGUCUCUUCAGGAACUGGGCUUUUCUACAACAGACAGUUACCUCCAAGCAUUAGACAGGGCUUUUUCCAGCCUGGGAAUACGAUUGCAGGAUGAGAAGCCAACUAUUGGCUUAGGAGUUGAUGGUGCUAACAUUACCGCCAGCCUGAGAGCCAACUUGUUCAUGACAAUCAGAAAGACCUUGCCCUGGCUUCUUUGCCUGCCCUUUAUGGUGCACAGGCCUCACUUGGAAAUUUUGGAUGCAAUCAGUGGGAAGGAGCUUCCGUGCUUGGAGGAGCUAGAAAACAAUUUGAAGCAACUGCUCAGUUUCUAUCGUUACUCUCCCCGACUCAUGUGCGAGUUGAGGGUCACUGCUGCCACGCUGUGUGAGGAGACGGAGUUCUUGGGGGACAUUCGAGCAGUGAAGUGGAUCAUUGGGGAGCAGAAUGUGCUCAAUGCUCUAAUCAAGGAUUACCUUGAGGUUGUAGCCCAUCUCAAAGAUGUCAGCGGCCAGACCCAAAGGGCGGAUGCUUCUGCCAUUGCCUUGGCCCUCCUGCAGUUCCUGAUGGACUACCAGUCUAUUAAACUCAUCUACUUCCUGCUGGAUGUGAUUGCUGUGCUUUCACGCCUCGCCUACGUCUUCCAAGGGGAGUACCUUCUUGUGUCGCAGGUGGACGAUAAAAUAGAGGAGGCCAUCCAGGAGAUCAGCCGGCUAGCAGAUUCACCCGGGGAAUACUUGCAGGAGUUUGAGGAAAACUUCCGUGAAAGCUUUAAUGGCAUUGCUGUGAAAAACCUUCGGGUGGCUGAAGCCAAAUUCCAGUCGAUCAGAGAAAAGAUCUGCCAGAAGACCCAGGUGAUCCUAGCCCAAAGGUUUGAUUCCCGUAGCCGGACAUUUGUGAAGGCCUGUCAGGUAUUUGACCUUGCAGCUUGGCCCAGAAGCACUGAUGAGCUCAUGAGCUAUGGGAAAGAGGAUAUGGUACAAAUAUUUGAACACCUGGAGACGGUCCCAUCAUUUUCCAGAGAGGUUUGCAGAGAGGGCAUGGACACCCGAGGGAGUCUGCUGAUGGAGUGGCGAGAACUUAAGGUGGAUUAUUAUACCAAAAAUGGUUUUAAAGACUUGCUCAGUCACAUUUGUAAAUACAAACAGAGAUUCCCCCUCUUAAAUAAAAUAGUUCAGAUCCUCAAAGUCCUUCCCACCUCAUCGGCCUGCUGUGAGAAGGGGCGCAACGCCCUGCAGAGAGUGCGCAAAAACAACCGCUCUCGGCUCACACUGGAGCAGCUCAGUGAUCUUUUGACGAUUGCUGUUAACGGGCCGCCCAUUGCCAACUUCGAUUGCAAAAGGGCACUAGAUAGUUGGUUCGAGGAGAAGUCGGGCAAUAGUUACGCGCUGUCAGCCGAAAUGCUGAGCAGGAUGUCGUCUCUUGAUCAGAAGCCGAUGUUGCAGAGCAUGGACCAUGGCUCUGAGUUUUACCCCGAUAUUUAGGAAGGAAUGCCUCAGAUCAGAAAGCUGUUGAAUAAUUUUUGUAAUCUAUACUCUAAACUUUGAUAUAUUAUAUAAAAUAUAUAUAUAUAUUAUAUAUAUUAAGGAAAAACCCACACUGAAAAUUUAAAAGUUAAGACGAUGUGCGUCUGAUAGAAGCUAAGCAGAAUUUUAAAGAUUGAGACAAUGUUUAGACAUUUACUGGUGUCUCCAACCAUGGCAGCUGCAGUGUAGGUGGCAACAUUUCAUUCUUUAGAAGCAUGUGCUGGGGCCAUACUCUACAUGUUCAAACCUAAUGAUCUAUAAGCUAGACAACGGGUCUUUGUCAGCCUCAUUCUCCCGGCAGUUUCCUUUGUAUGUGUGUUGUCAGUUUGUUGGGUUGGUUUUUGUGUUGUUUUGGUUUGGGUUUGUUUGUUUGUUUGUUUGUUUUUUUCCCCUUGGUUUUAAUCUCUGCCUCUCUUUCUGUUGUUCAGUCCAGUUAUUGAGCCAUUUGAGCCUUUUGUUGACGACCGUCAGAUUUCUGAUUUCCGAUAGAGCAUCCCGUGCGUUUAUGUUGCCCCCAGCUCUCCAGCUCCACCCAGUUCUCUUCACUUGAGUGGGAGCUUUCUUCACUCGCAGAGAUUACUGGCAGGAGAGAAAGGCUGGGGACAUGGGUUUAGGUUUUUCUUCUGUUUUAGAAACAAAUGCCUCCACUAAACUGUGAUGCCCCUUUCUCAGCUCUCCCUACUUUUGGGCUGUAGAGUAAUACUUGGCUUUCAGCUCCUUUUAUGAUAAACGUAGUACCAGUCUAUCAUACAUAUAUUAUAACAUGAUGUCAUGUGCAGACUAUAAAAUAGCAAAAUAGAGAAGGCAGGGGGAAAUUUUUGCAUUUAUAUUUUUAUAUUGUAGGAGAUAAAAAUAUAUAUAUAUACAACUAUUCAUUCAAAACCAGGGCUGCUGUGGAAGCUAGACAGCCAAUGAGUCAAGAGCCAUCUCUGGGCGGAGAUUCAAAGGCUUAAAAAGUUAUAUUCUAAUUUACAUUAUUUAUACUAUGUCUUUAUAAUCCUAGAUUGUUGUGGGUUUUUUGUUUUGUUUUGUUUUGUUUUGUUUGGAAUGACUGAAAGAAAAACCUGCUGCAGUUUGGUGGCAGGAGCUAUCAAUGCAAGAUUAUCUUGGAUUAUAUUCAUGUGAUGAUGUUGUACAAAGGUUCACGUAUUCUCUUGUGACCAAGGUAACAUGUUCCACAGCACAGCAGACUGAUGACAGCAGGAAGAAGGGAUUCUCUGCUUCUUCCUGCAAAAUAUUUCUUCCUUUCUUGAAGGGAUGCGGAGUCCAGCUGAAAUGUGAUUGGGGGACUUGCACCUUCCAUCACAAAGAGAUUGUUCUGUGGGCUUGGGGUUCUUCUUUGUUUUAUUCUUUUAAAGUAAACGAGCUCCAGGCAUUCACACAAUAUCACUUCAGGUUAGAAAAGAAAAAAAAAAAAAAAAAAAAAGCAAAAAAAAAAGCAAACAAAAAACCACACAAAUGUAAAAGGUGCAAAAACUCCACAGAUGCUAGUGCCUUGCCCCGCUGAUGUGGCAUGGACAGCACCAACCUGACCAGACCAUCGUGGGGGUGAGAACCUGUUGUCCAGAAGGUGUCCGAGCUGACAUGUUCUCACUUCCCAGAGGGACGAGCUUUGUGCCAAGCUGUGUUGUUUGGAAACAUGAUGGUGGUAUCAGCAACACUGAACCUUUCCUUUCUCCUGUUACCCCCCUGCCCUUGGUCUUGGUGCUAAGAUAUCUCUAGAACCGUUGCUGCUAGUUGAUAGCUUUUCAUUUAUAUAAAUAUAUAUAUAUAUAUAUAAUAUUAUUUUAUUUUUUAAACUUUUUUGUUCGUUUUCAAUGGAGAUGUAGCAUGUUUGGAACCGAUCUCUCUCGGAGUCACUUUCACUGCCAGGGUUCACGCACUGUCUUCCCUAGGAAAACACGCACUUCUACCCAGGUCUCGCUCACCUCCUGCUAACCCCUUUGCCCUCAGCAGAGCUACACGGCCAGUGCCGGGCAGAGGUGUGCAGCCAAGCCGCUCCCUGCUGCCUCACCUUUCGGACCCCGUGGGAACAGCUAGGCAUGCGUCGGUCAGAGUUUCAGAAGUGUUUCCCCGCUGUCCCUACGGGACUGAGAACGGACUGAGCCAGCCCGAAGCACUCGCGGUGCCCAGUCCUUGCGUCCUGACUCUGCCCCUUUUGCCGUAGAACAGGGCUCUUCGGCCAGGUGGCCCGAGGGGAGCAGAGUGGACCCUGCGAAUGUAGUGGCGAGGGCUGGGCAGGCGGCGUACCCUCCAUAGCACUUACUCCAUGUCCCCUCUGCCUUAACUCAGGUGGCUUGUGCGGCCUGUGGGCUGGCUCGGGCAGGAGCAGGCACCUGCACCGGGGUGAGGAGAUCAGCUUUUCCCGGCAGUCCUCACGGGAGUGUUGUGAGCUAGGUCAGGGCAUCGCGCCGCCGCAGUGCAGGAGCAUCAGUACACAACACCUAGCAAGCAAAAAAAUGGCUUUGUUAGCAUUUUUUCCUGUCUUUCCCAAUAAGUGAUGUGAUCAAAUUGACCCAUUCAUCUAGAUGAGUGAAAAUUAAACUGGGAACUGUCUGCCAGCUUGGGCGGUUAUUUGCCAGACUGUAAAACAGGGAUCUCUCCCACGAGGGGCUUGUAGCCCUCCAGGCCCAGCGAGUCAGCUCUGCUCGGGGUGCUGCCACAGAGCUCACAGAGCUGCUCCCUGGCAGGCUCCCUCCUUAGGUAAAAUCCCAGGAGUUGUAAAAAGAAGAGAAAAGAGAGAUUAAUUGCUGCUCCGUUAGUCUCUGGCCUGGAGAAGGGCAAGGUGAAUGUAGAUGUUGGAGACAAGAAGUGAAUUGAUGCACCGGAGGGGAAUGGGCAGGUGGGGUAGAGUCUUCCUUGCCGAGUGUGCACAUGGCAGCAGACACAAAAGUUACAUAGUUGAUGCAAGCUGCUGUGGCUGUUGGAGAGUCUGUAAAGACAGUUUCGCUCCUCCCCUUUUUUUUUUUUUAAUUUUCCAUUGCUCAACUCUAUAGGUCUUUGUGGGGG